AUGGAGGAGCUGCUUAAAAUUCGGAUUUUUACUGCAGAAGAGUUAUUACCGCUCUGGAAUAAUGGUAUUGGUCUUUGCACUUCCUUUGCGACAUAUAUUGCCUCCCGUCUCGAGGAUAGUGAUUGCCCUACCUUGGUUCAAUUCGCUAAGUUCAAUGGAAUACACCGUGCAUGCUUUAGUAGAGACGGGAUUAUUGUCGACUCCUCUACAAAAAAAACUCUCGAAGUCACUGACCAAAAACCCAUCUCCGGCUACCGGGUGCUUGCAAGGGAUGCUGAGUACGUUGUUACCACUGCUGAGGACCCCGUCGACCCUGUCGCUCCUGUCGCCCCCGAGCCUGCAGAGGACAUUGUAGAUGCUGGUUCUCCUUCCAACGUUCCCAGCCCUGCUGGUGUCGGUUCAGCUCCUCCCCCCGUUCCCCGUCGCUCCAAGCGUUCUCACAAGUAA